CUAUUUUCCCCUCAUUUUUAAACCUAACACUCUCUUUUAUGCACGAUCAAAGCUUUGGUGCUCCGUGAAUUUUUCAGUGACUUAACCAACAAAUCUGUCUCAAUAAAGUCGAAAUCCCAUCAUAUUUUAAAAUCACACAUCCCUUCUUCUGUUCUUGUUCCUUCCCUCUGUAACCAUCUCCUUUUUUUGAAUUUCGAAUCCGAAUUGAAGAACGGGGAAGUAGGGCAAGCAUAUACGCUCUUAUGGCUGGAUACAGGGCUGAUGAUGAGUAUGAUUACCUGUUCAAGCUUGUUCUGAUUGGCGACUCUGGAGUGGGUAAAUCCAACUUGCUCUCCAGAUUCACCAGGAACGAGUUUAAUUUGGAGUCCAAGUCCACUAUAGGUGUUGAGUUUGCUACCAAGAGCUUGAAUAUUGAUGGCAAGGUCAUCAAGGCUCAGAUUUGGGAUACUGCUGGCCAGGAAAGGUAUCGAGCCAUAACAAGUGCUUACUACCGGGGAGCUUUUGGUGCCUUGCUUGUGUAUGAUGUAACACGUAGUGCAACAUUUGAGAAUGCUUCAAGAUGGUUGAAGGAGUUGAGGGACCAUACUGACCCCAGCAUUGUAGUGAUGCUUAUCGGGAACAAAUCCGACCUUCGACAUCUCAUUACAGUCUCAACAGAAGAUGGAAAAUCUUUUGCGGAGAGGGAGUCACUCUACUUCAUGGAGACAUCUGCUCUGGAAGCAACCAAUGUUGAUAAUGCAUUCACAGAGGUUCUUACUCAGAUAUACCACAUUGUGAGCAAGAGGGCGGUUGAGGCUGGGGACCAUGGAGGUUCUUUGAUGGUCCCAUCAAAAGGACAGACGAUAAAUGUCAAGGAUGAUUCUUCAGUUUUCAAGAGAUUCGGAUGCUGCACAAGCUAGAUGGUCUCCCCUGUGACAGGUGAUUUUCAUAGCCUGUGUGAUUUUGUAAAUGCUUACUUGGGAAUUGUGAUUAUAUUUGUUAGAAUAAGACUGGUGCUUAAUAUUGUUUGGACGAUGUACUACAUGCCAAAUCCUUGGAUUUAAAGUCUCUUAAAACAGUCUCUAUGAGGACAUCUUUAGAAACAAAUGUCUGCUCAGGUCUUAUCAUGGGUCAAAACUUCUGCUUACCUUGCCAGGAUUGUGAUUUUUCCAUCAAUUGACAUGCCCAUAGUAGCAGCUUGAUUCUGUGUU